AUGCAAGUCCAUGGUCUAUCUACUUUUUCCGUUCUCGCCACUCCCAAUGUAGCUCUAAAGGACACCGCUAGCGUGCUUUACGAUGCUUUCGCCACGUUCAAGGAAGAUAACAUGAUGUACAAGUACGCGCUUGUGGAUGGAGUAGCGUAUGUUUCUCGCAGUUUACAGGAAAACGGCAUGGACAUUGUAGUAGUUGAGUGCUCACACGCCGACAUUUUGUCGUCAAUCAAUUUGAUGGUACAAGCACUGGGAGAGGCAGAGGCUGUUUCGACCAUCACAACAAGCGAUGGCAGCGUAGUUCCGUGCACGAGCAACGAAUCCUUUAAAAUAUUGGUAAAUGGUAUCAAAUAUGGGGUGUGUUUUUACGGUCCUUCAGGAUUUACGAUGUUUGGCAGUGAUAUAGAUGUAAAGGUGGAGUAUGUAACAAAUCACUUGCCGAGUCAGGCGCCAAGAAUCGCAAGAAAGACGAAGAAAAGCUGUAAGAAGGUGGCAUCGCCUACUUCUAUCACGCCGAUCGGAAAGUCUUUUUUGACUGGAGAGUCCAUUUAUAACGGAGAGAGAAGUCUGAAUAUUUUGGAAAAAAUCAUUUUGGGGGGAUCGUGUCAGUGCCAAUCGACGCCGCGUCCAUGCAUUUUUAUCCAUGGUCUCGGCAUUUUGGUUGAAAAGGAAGAGAAUCUCGACUCAUUUAGCAGUUACUGGGGUAAUCAAACAGACCACGCGCCAUGCUGCUCGUCAACCGAGUACGCUAUGCUCAACACGGUCAACAAUUCGUGGGCUGACCAGUUUCAACAACAGAAAGUUUGUGAUCGCAUGUUGGCGGUAAGCGAGACCAGCAAAGAAUCCGAAGUUUCUGACACCAUUAUUAUUUCGCACUCGAUGGGAAGUCUCAUGAUAGCUGGCGCAAUUGCUAACAGCCAGUGCAAGCUCGCAUCAAGCACCACAUGGAUCGCCAUUGGAUCGCCAAUGCUAGGAAGUAUGGCUUCAGACUACUUUCAAGAAUCGUGCAAGGAUCAGACAAAUUUUAUCAUGGAAGAAUAUGUCGAUUCGACGAGAUUGUGCCCCGCAGACGACGGCAUCAAAUCUCUCGCGUAUGAAAAUGAAAGCUACAGUAACCCUACUCUGAAUAAGCUGUACCAGUCUGCACAGAAGGCAUACCGGAAUAAUGUGUACGCAGCGAUGUGUAGCCACUCCUACUUAGGUCUUCUGUCAUCGUACCAGGCUAAAUUUUGGGUUCUGGGAACAAUGAUUCCACAUAAAACUAAGCAUAGUGACGGUAUAGUAGAAUUUCUUAGUUGUGCUGGAGGAUUUCCAGAAACUAAGUUCCACAAAACCUAUACUGAACGUUUCUACACAUCAAGGCUCAACCACCACGACAUGGCAUUUAGAGCAGGCGAUGCUCUAUUCGAUAAAUCGAGGAUGCCGGUGAAGUGGUUUCAGUGUCUGUUAUAA